UACAAGUUCUGAACCAUUCUGUCAACAAAUAAUUUGCCUUCAUCCAAAACAAGAGUUUCACAUGUCCCUUGUUUGUGUUAGUGUUGCGUGGAAAACCACGUCACCACAGCUGUGACGGUAAAAUCACUGAUUCUCUCUCUGGGCUUUGGUGUUGGAGAGUGAGCGGUGAAUUCAUGAAUGAGUUCUUAGCUUCUUAACAUUCCAAAGGCAUGGACCUGCAUCACAAAGUCAACUUGUUCUUCAAGGCCAGCUGGUGCUGUCACUGUGGGUCAAAGGUCAUGUCCACAGAGCUGACCUCAGGGUUGCUAAGCAGAUUUAAUGAAGCAACUGGGAUCACUGUGUGUGUGUGUGUUUGUGUGUGUGUGUGUGUGUGUGUGUGUGUGUGAGUUGUCUCCAGGUGUGUGACUCAGACACAGUUCUGGAUCCAGCCUGUACCAUUGAGAUGCUAAAGAUCCUGGAGGACGACGCCAUGGUGGGAGGAGUCGGUGGAGACGUACAGAUCCUCAACAAGUACGACUCGUGGAUCUCCUUCCUCAGCAGUGUGCGAUACUGGAUGGCCUUCAACGUGGAGCGUGCCUGCCAGUCGUACUUUGGCUGCGUCCAGUGCAUCAGCGGCCCUUUGGGCAUGUACAGGAACUCCCUGCUCCAGCGCUUCCUGGAGGCCUGGUACCACCAGACCUUCCUCGGCUCCAAGUGCAGCUUCGGCGAUGACCGCCACCUCACCAACCGGGUGCUCAGCUUCGGCUACAAAACCAAGUUCACGGCGCGGUCGCAGUGCCAGACGGAGACGCCGACGCAGUACCUGCGCUGGCUCAACCAGCAGACUCGCUGGAGCAAGUCAUACUUCCGCGAGUGGCUCUACAACGCUCUGUGGUUCCACAAGCACAGCCUCUGGAUGACCUACGAGUCUGUGGUCACCGGGUUCUUCCCCUUCUUCCUGGUCGCCACCGUCAUCCAUCUCUUCUACCGUGGGAGGCUGUGGAACAUUCUGCUCUUCCUAUUGACGGUGCAGCUGGUGGGGAUGGUGAAGGCCACCUACGCCUGCUUCCUGCGCGGCAGCCUGGUCAUGAUCUUCAUGUCCCUCUACUCCCUCGUCUACAUGUCCAGUUUGCUGCCCGCCAAAAUCUUCGCCCUGCUCACCAUCAACAAGGCCGGAUGGGGAACUUCGGGCCGCAGAAAGAUCGUGGUCAACUUCAUCGGCGCCGUGCCCGUCACGCUGUGGACUCUGGUGCUGCUCGGGGGUGUGGCCUACACCGUCUACUGUGAAACACAAGAGCCUUUCAGCGAGACCGAGAAAGCUUUGCUGAUAACAGGGACGAUCCUCUACGCCUGCUACUGGCUGGUUCUGCUGUUGCUCUACCUCGCCAUCGUGGCCAAGCGCUGCAACAAGCGGGAGGAGCAGUAUCACCUGCCGUAUGCUGAGGCGUAGACGCGCACAUGAACCCAGAGACUGCGGGACACUUGCGCGAGGUAAACCAAAGGUCCUUGUCCACCGCAUGCACUGCUGGAGGGAGGAGCCAUGAACUGGAAAGCCACGCCUUCAUCACUGGUGCUAAAAUACAAACAAACCCUUGACAUGACUGUAGCUCCGCCUCCUCUCACAUCAUUCUCUCUAAAGGUGCUGCCAACGCGGGGGUUUUACGUUUUUAAGGGGGCAGUGUGGUGCUUUCAUGGAUUUAAACAGACAAAAUGAGGAGUUUCUUAAGCGAGGAGUUCAUGCUAGCGUGUUUACGACUUCCUGGUCACAAAAGUUGGAGAAAUUAAAUCUGAAUCUGUGUUUUUAUUUUAUUUUUUUCUUAUACGAAACCUAUUUUCUUUUUCUCCAUGAUUUUAUAAUCUUAACUGAAUAUGGAAAGUGUCGCAGCGCAUGUGAGUCGUCACAUUCUCGCAAGAAAACGAGCACUCGACGCAGAGGAAGUGAAGACAACGUCGACCUCCAUUUUACAGUCACAGAGGUUUAAAGACUGACUUUACGUUGAAAUUUAUUCAUUUUUCAUUCAAAUUCAUUUUAAAGUUAGGAAUUGAUUAUGUGCUGCGCUUGAAUAAUUAUGGGAUGCAAAUAGAGCCGUGACAAUUAGAUAAGAAGAUAAUGAUUAUCUUCACGAAUAAUCGAUGAGUAGUUUGGUCCAGAAAACGAUGACGUUCUCAAACGUCUAUGUUUUUGUCUACA